UCCGCUGUUUCAGGUUCCUUGUGGCUCUUAUUUGUUUUGCAGAUGGCCGUGUCCUACUGGAGGGGCUGCAGAAGGUGUUUUCCACACCCAUGUAUUUGCCUGUGGAGUACCAAGUGAUCAACGCCGACCUGGCCUUCUUCCUCCGCGAGGCCAACCAAGACAUCAUGCGCAACUCGAGCUUGCAGGUACGCACCGAGUGCUUCUUUGUGCAGCAGGCACGGCGAGCCCCGUCCCUCAGCGCCACCUACGGGCCGCUGUCCAUCGAGCAGCCCAUUCCCCUGGAGCUCCUACAGCCACCAGGGACUUCCUCUGCCUUCUCGUCGUCCUCCUUCUCCUCUUCCACCUUUCCGUUGAACUGGAAGGUGCAGGCAGUCAUUGUCAAUGACAGGGUGGUGGCUAGCUGGCCCAAGGUCCAAGUCUUGUUCCACGUGACCGGUCGGGACUGGGAUGACUAUGCUGCAGCAGACCGGCUGCCCUGUGUUACGGCCUUUGCCUUCCACGAGACAGAGGAGGUCCGAGCGACGUGCCGCCUACGGGGAGCGCUGGCUCUCUGUGUGGCCCAGCUCGAGCCUCUAGCCAGUUGGUUUGAACCACCUAGUGUGGUGCCUGGGCGGCAGAAGGCACCGGGGCAGGCCGAGGGCACUCCUGUGGAGCUCUAUUACAUGGUCUGGGCCACCGAGAGUGAUGAGUGCGGCUGGGAAGACUCUAGGAAAGGAGGCGCUGUCCGGCCUGACCUGGAAGGGAUGCCAAGAGGCAUUCACGGCUCUGCCCCCUUACUGAGGAUUGGCAGCUUGAGACUUUACCAGAGUGUCGCAGCACUGCCUCUGGAUGAGGUCCGGCUGGACUUGAAUUUUGCAGUCCUGGUGCCACCCAUACCCGUGCAGAGGAAGGGCACCGUGAGCAUCAUUGUGGCUGCCUCUGGCGCCGCCCUGGUGGACAUGUUCACACUAAGGGUGAGGCUGACAGAAGGCGUGGCCUUCCUGGGCGCUCGCCCCAGCGAUCCAGUGCUCUGGACAGCCAGCCAGGAGGCAAGGAAUGAAGGUCACCGAGAGGUAACUCUGCACUGCCAACGCAAGGUACCCAGAGCGGGACAAAGGCAGAAAUCUGGGCUCCAGAAGGUUCUGCAGGUGGACCUGGAGCUGGAUGGUCUCUUGGAGCCCUUGGGAAGUAGGUCUGUCAUGUGGCAAGUGGAGUACCCAGGAACACGUGACUCUGAAGAGGUUGAGACCCGAAUUCACUUGGCCCAUGAGGAACUGGAGGGCAUUGUACCAUUGGCCAUGGAUGCUGAGAUCCUGAACACAGCUGCUCUCACGGGGAAGACGGUGGCAGUGCCUGUGAAGGUUGUGGCUGUGGGGAAUGAUGGUGCAUUGCAGGACAUCACCGAGUCCGUGGACUGCCAGUCAACCGAUGAAGAUGUGGUCAAGGUAUCAGAGCGGUGCGACUACGUGUACGUAAACGGCAAGGAGACGAGGGGCAGGGUGAGGAUGCAGGUGAACUUCACCUACAGCUACCUGAGUGCCCAGUUGCACGUGAGCGUGUGGAUGCCCCAGCUGCCCCUGCAGAUACAGGUGUCCGACACCGAGCUCAGCCAGAUCAAGGGCUGGCGGGUGCCUGUUGCCGUGGGAAACCAAAGGUCGGCCCGUGACAGUGAGGAUGAGGACGAUGACGAGCAACGGGGGCGGGCCUGCUCACUCCAGUACCAGCAUGCCACAGUGCGGGUGCUGACACGCUUCAUGGCCGAGCCAUCAUCCCGUCGUGGAGCCCUGGACUUCCUGCUGGGCAGCGACUGGCAGGUGGAUGUCUCAGAGCUGGUGCGAGACCUCUUGAAGGUGGCUGACCCACGUGUGGCGUGGCUGCGUGAUGGACGAGUCCUGGUGGGCUUGGAGACGGGUGUGACCUCAGUCCAGGUGCUCUCCCCCCUGUCCGAAUCAUUCCUAGCCGAGAAGACGGUGAGGGUUCUAGAGGACAGGGUGAGCAUUGUGGACAUGGGGGUCCAGGUCGUUUCCGCCCUCUCGCUCUCCCUGCAGCUCAGCCCAGGGAGCAACCGGGCCAUUGUCGCCACGGCAGCCACACCAGAAGUGCUCAGCACUCCCAAACAGGAGUCCCUCAUCAGCGCAUGGCUCCAGUUCAGCGACGGCUCCAUGACCCCUCUAGACCUGUACGACCCGGACCACUUUGUGCUGUCGGCAGUCUCUCUGGAUGAGUCCGUGGUUACUGUGAGCCAGGGCUCCUCGUGGAAGUGGCCUAUGGUGGUGACCGAAGGGGACGGCCAAGGCCUUCUGGUUCGAGUGGAGAUGGCUGUAUGUCCGCCAUGCCAGAGGUCGAGGCGCCGCAGUGUUCUGGCAACUGGCAGUGGCAGCGUCCGGGUCAAGUUGGGUUUGUCCAAGGGCGGGAUGACAGGAGAAGAGCCUAUGAACCGCAGGCGGCACCCUUCCAUAGUGGACCACGCGGGCUCAAAAGAGCCCUACCAUGGCAUCUCUGUUUCUGACCAGGAUUCUGGAAUUGUAGGAAACGCAACCGCCACUAUCGGGACGGGUGCUGCACAGAGGCCUGGCGGCCCCAAGCAUCAGGGUGUUGACUUAGCUGACUUCCCCGAGCAGGCAGAUCUGCCGGUCAGUGUAGAGGAUGACCUGGUCCAGGGGACUCGUGGACUGACAGACCUUGAGAUUGGUAUGUACGCCCUGCUGGGGGUCUUCUGCUUGGCCAUCCUGGUCUUCCUCAUCAAUUGUGUCUCCUAUGCUCUGAAGUACAGCCAUAAGCAGCUACCCGUGGAGGGCGGAGAGCACAUGAACCAUGCCCAUGACUGGGUGUGGCUGGGCAAUGGGGCGGAGCUACUGGAGAGCCACACUCACCUGUCCCUGCAGCGGGGUGAGGAGGGCGGACGGCUGCUCAAUGAUAAUUCUGCUCAGAAGACCGUCCCAGGACAGGCAUCGCGAGCCACUGAGAUGGGCUGUGGAGGGAGGGACCUCAAAAAUGAACCAUUGAACUCACCCACGUCAAAACGGAAACGCGUGAAGUUCACCACGUUCAGCUCCGCCCCUGCUGAUCGCAGUCUCCCAUGCGUGAGCCCCCUGCUCACGGAGUCCAAUGAGGAAAUUAAGUGGGUGUGUCAGGACAUGCAGCUGAGUGAUGUCACAGAGCUCCGGAACUACAUGGAAAGACUGAACGAGAACGCCCUGAAGGGGGCAGCAUAG